AAGCAAACAUUAAAUGGUUUAUGUCGCAUCAGAAGUCCAGAAACGUGGUGCACCACGGUAGAAAAUAUGUGGCGACCCCUAACGGUAGAGGAAGAAGAGGAAGGUGGAGGGCGGCAUAGCGUUCGUCCGGCCUAAAUACACACGAAGAAGAAGAGGAACAGGAAGAAAACCAACACAUCGUCACUAAACCCAGUUGGAAGACUGCUGAGUAUUUGUGAAACAAUAGCAGAGACAGCAGAACUGAGAUGAGCUGAAGACCCGAGGAGAGGACACUUCACUGCAGACUGUUAUAAUGAUGCAGCACCAGAAUUGAACCAGGACCGGAAAACUGCCCAAUCAUCUCAUCUUUGGAGCUCUUCAUUUUUAAAAAACACAACUAAAUUCAAAGUUUAUACUAGAUAAUAGCUUACUAUAUAAAGCUGUGUCUUUUUUUUAACAACAAGUUCACAUGUUAGCUCUCAGCACAACUGUGGAUAGAAAAAAAACAUAGAAAACUCAGGACAGGGAAGGAUCAGCUUUAUUUAAGUUUUGAGAGACAUUUGAUAGUUUUUGAUGAUGAUUUUCUCUAUGUGAUUACAUGAGCUUUCCCCAGAUUCAGACCUCAGGACCAACCAGUGAUAGACAAAAAUCAUUCUAUACUCUCGGAUGAAUACACUUAAUUGUUGUAAUGACAGAGUAAAUUUGUGUUAACACCUAAAUUAACAGAUGAAAAAGGCAAAACUAUAUUAUAUGCUGUCAGUGAAAGUUGUAGCUGUUUUACUGAAAAUAUUAAAGACAAAACAUGAAAACUGAAUAUAUUAAUGUAACUGCUGUCACUACAUAUAUUCUUAUCUUUACUCAGUUUCAUCCUACUCUUUUCAUUCUGAAGCAUCAACAAUAAAUGAGUUUGGUGUUUAGGAAAACUCUGACAUGCUUAGACCUGUAUGUAUUUUGAAUGCAAACACUGAAUAUAGUGUGGGGGACAUUUACAGAAAGGGAAGCAAACAUACACAGACAAAAACAUCUUCCACUAUUUAGCAAUUUGAGAUUUAUAGUAUCGGAUAAAAAAAAAAAAACAUUUGUGCUGCUUUGCAUCUUUCUGCAAAAUCUGUAAAAUUAUUUCUAUAGUUAAAUAAAUACUACUAAAUUGUUGGUAAUUUAGUAGAUAUUUUCAAGAUAAAUGUCCAUAUGGACUGACACACAUUCAUGUUCCUCAGUCCAUUGUUUUAAAAUGGCGACUCUACUCUUGGAUUUCCAUCGAGGAUGGCAUUCUGUUUUUUGCAGCACUCAUGCAUGUGCCUAACUAAUAGAGAACAUAAUCAGAGUUGAUUGAACAAACUGUGAUUAGCCUCUCUGAAAACGGAGUUAAUUGUUAAAGUCAAAGUCUGUUUAACAUAAUUUUAGUAAUUUAGUACAUAUUUUUAAUGUAGACUUUUUCCAUUUAUACAUAUAUUUAUACACACACACACAAAAGCGGAACAUUAAUCAAUAUUGGACACAAUAUCACAGGAAGUCAUCUCCAAAAAAUACCAUUAAUGGUAUUAAUUCUGUCUGAGUAAGUGGAAAGGGUCACAGUAGUGUCAGUGUUGCAGUGACCCGACCUUUCUAGAUGUUUCCAUCUUGUUUAAGCCCCGACACAUCCAGAAGACUAUGGACUGUGGAUUGUCCUUCUAGCCCUGGUAUGAGUGGGGGAGGGAAGUUAAUAGUUUUAUUGGUAGUCUUGGGGCUUUCUGUCACACUUGAUCAUUAUACAGAAAGAAGUGCCAGUUUUGGAAUCAAUAUCCCCAUUUUAUCCAGUGAAACAUAAUACUAUAUACCAAGAUACAUGUUGAAAUCUAGGCCAAGAAAUACAUAACACCAUAUUUAAGGCUAGAAAUGCCUAAGAACAGUAUCUAUCUAUCUAUCUAUCUAUCUAUCUAUCUAUCUAUCUAUCUAUCUAUCUAUCUAUCUAUCUAUCUAUCUAUCUAUCUAUCUAUCUAUCUAUCUCUCUUUCUCUCUUUUUCUCUUUUUCUCUAUCUCUCUCUCAAAUUUAUCAUGUUAUUAUUUGUGCAGACCUGAUGCUUGAGAUGAGUAGGAUACAACAGCUUUAUCCCCUUAGGUGGAUCAUGUGGCUGCUUUCUCUGCAUAAAAAAAGGAAAAAGCCAACACACCCUUUUGGACCAGCAUAAUGAAUGGGGAGUGGUGCUAGAGGGUGUGGCUACAGCAGUUUGCCUGUCUCUGAUUUGCUGACAUAUGCUCUAAUUGGAUCAAGUAGGAACUUGCUUAGGUUGAUGCUUUGUACAGGGAUUGGGAGCAGCCUGCAUUGCACACUACCAGACAGGAAGAGAGGCAGUGAGGGAGGAGGCCAGAGUCUGCACAGCUCACCACUUGAAAAUAAAGGAUUGAGAGAGGAGGGGUGAGAGAAGAAAAGGGGAGUAUCCAGUUCUGCCCUUCUGUGCUGCUGCAGCCCCCCUCCCACUCUGUGUAAUUUCCUUUUUUCCUCUUUCCCCUUACUCAUCUGUUUCAGUGGCUGCACUGAGAGGAAGGACACCUGCCGCUCCCUGAUGAUUCAGCUUUUCAGCUGUUUGGAGCUCCCAAGACUAGACAGCAUGUCCCUCCUGCCACUGCAGUGCUUGGCUGGCCUGUCCUCUGCACUACAUUUGCCUCAGCUAGAGCUGGCCCAUCACAUCGAUACUACCUUUUCUUCCCAAGUAUUCAGGAAAUUUGACAGUUGUUUUCCUUGUGAAAAAAAAGCAUGAAUAAGGAAUUCCUAUUUCUAAUGCAUAGACUGUCUACGUAUCCCCUGGAUUGUUAGCAAGGUUCCACUCUUUGAAGGGCAUCACCUUUCUCUGAAACCCAGCUCUCCCUCUGUGUCUACACAAUGGAAAAGAUACUAAAAGACAUUGGUGGAAAAAUGUCAUUGUGUGAUGAUCUGAGUUAAUAGCUAAGGUGGUAAGAAACACUUCUUCAAGCAGUGUGAAAGGAUGACUGAGGGAAUGGAGGAAGUCUCUGCAGGGCCAGCUCCCCCUUUUGGAUCAGUCUCCCCCACUGGCUCUACUGUUGAUACUAGGCAAGUCCCAGAAGAGAAACCAGAGGAGACAGAGGCAGCUGGUGAGAGUGGGGAGGAGGCUAUAGAGGGAACUGCAGAAGGAGGUGGUGCUGGUGACGAUGGGGAGCAUGUGGGGGCUUUUGGAAUUGUGACCUUGCCAGAGGCCUGCUGCGUGUGCAUAGAGAUGGAACAGAUUAACAAUUGCCUGCACUCUGAGAAAAUCUGCAUCCUCCCCAUACUGGCCUGUCUGCUUAGCUUAGCCCUCUGCACAGCUGGACUCAAAUGGGUCUUUGUGGAUAAGAUAUUUGAGUAUGAACCACCAUCACAUUUAGAUCCUAAGCCUAUUGGACAAGACCCAAUUAUUAUACCAGUUGAACCCACAUUGGGAAUAACAGUCUCGUUUCCUCAUGCAACUCCUUCAAAUAACUCCCUAACCACCACCUUCACCCUUACCCCAGAGCAUCCUGAAGUUUCAGUAGAAGAUAAAUCUACACAACAGCCGCAUGUGUCUCAGUCUUCACGAGUGAUUGAGCCUGCUGUCACACUGAAAUAUAACGCUGAACACUAUACCACCCCAAAGCAGACUCCCCAACGAAAGUCAACACAGAAAUCACACAGCCAUCAUCAAACUAUCUCUACCAUCAGCACUUCCACUACAGCAAAGACCUCAAGUCACGUAACCCGCUGCAGUGACAGUCAGAGGAACUACUGUGUUAAUGGAGGCGAGUGCUUUACCCUUGAAAUCAUCCCGGGCAGUACAAAGUUUCUCUGCAGGUGCUUGGCUGGAUUCACUGGGCACCGAUGUGAACAAGCAGUUCUUAAGAAUGUCUCAGACCCAAAACAAGCUGAGGAGCUGUAUCAGAAACGUAUUUUAACAAUAACUGGAAUCUGCAUUGCGCUCCUAGUCGUUGGAAUCAUGUGUGUGGUUGCCUACUGCAAAACCAAGAAGCAGAGAAAGAAACUACGGGACCGUUUAAGGCAACGUCUAAGGAAUAAGAGGAAGAAUACCAGUACUGGUAUUGACUCCAAUGUGGCAAACUCUACCACUGGACGCCCAAAUUCUAACUUGCCUCUUCAAGAUUUGCAGCUUAUUGGUCAACAUAAUGGAAAGACAAUGAAGCAUACAGCUGAAAAGGAGACAGAGACAAACCUUUCCACAAGCAAAUAUACCUUAUCUGUGCAUAAUCCUACCACACUCACCAACAUCUCCAGUCAAAGGUUUGUACCAGUGAUGGCAACUUCAGAGUCGCAGAACUCUCUUGCAACCCCUGGCUCUCCUCCAUCCGAGAUUUCAGCCCCCAUAUCCAGCCUAGCUAUCUCUGUUCCCUCUGUGACUUUAAGUCCCUCUGGUGAGGAAGAGCGCCCUUUGCUGCAUCAGCUGCACAAGUCCUCAAGCCGGGAUGUACAAAAGAGAACCUCUUCACACUACAAUCAUGGCCAUGUGGCAGAUAGCUUGCCAUCUAGUCCACUGUUCGCUAUGGAGAAUACUGACUACCAAACCAUACAGGACACCAGAGCUGCCAGCUAUAUGUUUUCAAUAGCACCUGUGAAAUUAAUUAACACAAACAACAAUGUAAGUGACUGCAGCAACAAUAGUGUCACUGACCAUGUGGUUGAUUAUUUGAGGUUAAAUGGUGACAGCAUACUAGUAAGUGAUACAGAGGAUCCUCGGGGGGAACACAUACCCUUCCUAAGUGCAGACAGGAAUACAGUCCUUUUACUCAGGGCUGUAGAUAGCGGCAGGACUAACCCAGCAUCACCAAAUGAUGACCUACCAGUAAAGUCAUCUAGCCUCAUCAACCAACAAGAUUUAAUUGCUGCGUAAAGUAAAAAAAAGAAAGAAAGAAAAGAAAUUGCUAAGAUUACUUCACAUGGAGGAAGAAUAUAAACAAUCUUUAAACCUUUAUUUUCGAUAAAUUCUCAUAAUUUAUUUGCUGUGUAAAGACUUUUAAAGACAAAUGAAGAAUGAAACUUUUAUUUUAGAGAUGUAGUAAAUAAAGUUUUAUAAAAAAAACAGUACAAAUGUCUUGUAGGUAAAGUGCCAUACGCUAGUAUGCAGCAGUUCAUAGUAUAGUUAAAAGAAUAUUUCAGUGCAGACAAAUAUCAAUGGUGCCUUUCUGUUUAGUAUGCUUAAGGGGCCGUAAUAUUGCAUACUGGGCCAUGUAUCACCCUCUUAUUCUUCAAGUUAAUAAUCAGAUGCUCUGUGUUGUCUGCCUUUAACAUCUUGCACUUUAGGGCACCCACUGACAUAUUUGAAAUCAAAUGUUAUGGGUUCAAAGUGCAUGCUAUGUUCUUAAAUGCUGUCAUGAAAAAAUGAGCAGACAAUUGACUUGAAUUGAUGGUUUUCUUACCUGAUGUCCUACUUUUAUCACAGUCUUAUGGUAUAUAUUAUUAGUAAGCUUAUAACCUGGAUUCCAUCAAAAUGUCAGAGAUCUUAACUCAUUCACUGCCAGCCAUUGGCAGUGAAUGAGUUAAACCCAUUGACUCAUUCACUGCAAUUGACGGCUAUAGACGUCAAUGGCUGAAUGAGUUAAUAAUUUUAUUCAUCACUGGACUACACUGUGGAUGACCUGCCAGAAAUGAAUAUUGUAGCUGUGAGAUAAAUAUACAUUCAUUAAAGUUUGCCUCAACAAGGUGCAUAAGAUACACACAAAGAGUUGUAUUUACAUUCGACCAUUUCUAUGUUUAAGAAGUAUUCACUGAAUUGUAUGGCAUUGUUAUAACAAUUAAACAAUGUUCAUGCUUAAAGAGUAGCAGCCUAAUAAUCCUAAAGUUUCUGGUAUGGGUUAAGCUGGAUGCUGGUUUUCACAUGCCCCAUAAUCCUCCUUAGAAGUUUUAUUUAUUCCUAUGCUGACAGAUGUUCUGCCUAAGUAUAAACUGUCUCAGUUAAGGUGGUACAGUCAACGACUACUAGUGUGAAGACCAGCAAUUCUUUAAAAUAGUAUCUUUAAAUCAACAAUAUCUACAAAGUAAAUUAGCUACAAGAUCUAUGUCUGAUUUGUUCUUGUGUGAAUCCAACCAGUGCCUUGUAUUGCACUGUGGAUCUUAGAGAAGUGCUGAAUGUAUAAAUUGUGGUAAUUUCCUUUAAUUUAAACCAUAUUUCUGAAAAAAAAAAAUUGAAAUUGAAAUUUCCCCCCAAAUUAACUUGUUAUCCUCUUGCUGUAAGAGUCAAGUUCAGGUUUUUCCUUUUAAUUUAAAUGUCCUGUCUUGAUAUACAAUUACAAUUAAUUACAACAGAUUGAAUAUAAACAAUGCAAGAUAUACAGUCAUUUCAUCUGCACACAUUAGUACAUAGAGAAAAAAAUAUCUUGCACAUUUUGUCACUUGAAUGGUUAGCAUAACACAGAGAACAUUGUUUUGAAAUGGGGGUGUCUUUAAUUUAUGUAAAUAUAUCAGGAAAAUCUCCUGCAUUGUUGUUUCUCACUGAAUAUCACAUUAUGUGUUUUGUGUGUUAGUGUCAAAGCAUUUGGGAUUAAAAAAGAACUUUCAGUUGUUCUGUCUCACUAUUGAUUGAUACAAUGAAAGUCUUGUGCAGCUGUAAUAAUAAAUAAAACACACAUUUCACAUUUGAGCAUACAUGUGAACAUGAUUUAUAUGUCAAAUCUAUGGCUUUUUAUCAGUUUGGGUUUUUUGGUAAGGACUGAUCAUUUUAAAGAACUGAAGAUGAAUUCUCUUCAGUUCUUUAAAGAGAACUUUGUAAUUAGACCUUCUGGACCGCUCAUGGCAGAACAAAGUCCCAACAAUGAUAGGAAUUAGGACAAGACUCCUGGUGUCUAGAUGCUGGCAGUGGUGGAAUUGAGGAUGAAGGCUUGGAUGUGGGUUCUGAAUGGAAGGAAAUGUGGAGGAGUCGGGUUGCACAUAUGAGAGUCUGAAAGACAGAAUGACGAAACAGCAGUGAGAUUUAAAGCACACACAUAAGAGAGGCUGAUUGUCUUGCAGCAGGCAGGCAAGAAAAUUAUCCAGCUUAGAGUGAUGAUGUCAGUAUUGUCAGAGUUGUUUGACACUGUGGGAAAGUGGAUGUGAUGUAAAGAAUGGACUUGCAGU